GAUAUAACAAUGAAAAAUAUUGAUCAUAAUAAUCCGUUCCUGUUACAUCAUCAUCAUCCUCAUUCGCAUCCACAUCAUACGAAAUAUCGUAAUAGCCAAUAUCAUCAUCAUCAUCAACAUCAUCAUAUCAUAUGGAUGAUAUUCGUUCAUUAUAUAUUACUAAUAACAUUGACAACAACAAGAUUAAUACCACAAAUUGUCGUAUGUGAUCAACAAUCACCAUCUGUUUCGCCAUUAACAUCGAUAAAUUUUCGUUGUCCAGAACAAUUUGGUUAUUAUGCUGAUGAAUAUAAUUGUUCUAAAUAUUUUGUAUGCGUUUUUGGUGAAGCAUUACAUGAAUCAUGUACCGGUGGUCUUAGAUUUUCAUCCGAACUACAAACAUGUGAUUGGCCACGUAAUGUUAUCUGUCCUUAUGAAGAUUCAGAUUAUGAUGAAACUGAAGAUGAUUUUGUCGAUUCUGGAUCAUAUUCAUUAUUAAAUAAUAAUAAUAAUAAUAAUAAACAAGUUGGAUCAGGAAUGAUAAUUGAAUCGAAAGCUAUUCCAACAACGUCGACUACUUCUACUACUACAACGACGACGACAACAACAACAACAACAACUGCCAAACCUUCGAUAUCAUUAUCAUCUGGUACCGAUAAUCAUCAUCAUCAUCCAUUUAUCAUAUUGAAUCAUAAAUCACAUCCAUAUCCAAAAUUAUUAUUACCGACAGCCAAUAAUAGUUUAUCUACCAUACAACAACAGACGCCAACGCAUCAAAUAAUAAUGGGCAAAACAUCGAAUGAAUUAUUUUCAAUUCGAAAUAAUUUAUCUGUUAAUCAUGUUAAUAAUAAUAAUAAUAAUCAGUUUACGACAACACCGCCAUCAUCAUCUCAUAAUAAUAAUAAUGAUUCACCCAUUUUCAAUCAACAUCAGCAUACAACAAGAUAUUUGUUGGAAAAACAGCCUGGAUUAUCUGUUCAUCAUCAUCAUCAUCAUCCAUUAAAUGAACAGGAUAUUAUACAGGAUAGUUUCAAUAAAUUAAUUAAACAACAGCAACAAAAAAAUUCAGGUCGUAAACAAUCAUUGUCAUCUAUUGGUAAUAACGCAAGCAAUAACAAUAACAAUCAUCAGUUAUUUAAUUUGGGUGGCAAACAUUCACAACAUCUACAUAAUCCAAUUCUUUUACAUUCAAAAGAUAAUUAUCUUGAUAUAACAAACGUUCAUGGUGAUAUUGAUGAUGAUGAAAAUAAAUUGAAUUUUGAUACUAAUAAUAAUAAUGGUACGGCACCCAUUCAUCAUCAUAAUCAUCAUCAACAACAACAACCAACCAAUAAUCAUCGACGUAAUCAACAACAACAUCUUGAUGAUCUGGACGAGAAUUUUACUUUGUUAGAUUUACAAAGAUCUCGCCAUGGUCAUCAUCAUUCGCAAUCAAAUCAUCAGCAUCAACAUCAUCAUCGUGCUGGUCAUGAUAAUGAUGAUAAUGAUGAUGGUAAAUCAAUUCGAAAUGAUCGCAUUUCGGUGGAACAGAUUAAUCAAAAUCUACUUGGCCGAAGCGUGAAUGGCGAGAAUCGUGCUCAAUCAGUUUCGGUUGUUGCAUCCACAUCAUCCAAAGCAAUCAUACCGGAAUUGGAUUUUGUUUUUAAAAAUGGAAAUAUUGAUGCUCAAAAUAAUAAUGAUGAUGAUAAAAUAAUUAUGAUGACAGAUGAUAAACAUAUAAAUAGUGCAAAACAAAUCAACAACAACAACAACAACAACAACAAUAAUGACAAUCGAUUGUUGAUUGAUGAAAUUCUUCAACUAGCCAAUGCAUUCAAUAAUGAUAAUAAUAAUAAUAAUAAUAAUGAUGGUAAAUUUGAUGAUAUUAUAACGGCCAUUGUUGAUGAAAAUGGUGCCAUUCAUUUGGCCGCUGGUGGUGGUGAUUCACCAGCAUUAUUGCGGUUAAUAUCAUCAUCAUCAUCAUCAUCUUCAUCAUCAUCCGGAACGAAAAAUCAAUUGUAUGAUAAAUCAGAUGAUUCAUUGGCUGAUUUAGCUGCAUCAAAUCAACGUAAUACUGCAUCACAUCAAUUGUUGUUACAUAAUAACAACAACAACAACAAUAAUAGAUUAUCAGAUGAUGGAAAUAAAUUUAAAUAUCAAACUAGUCAUAAUAAAAAUAAUCAUCAUCUUUCUGCUCAUAAUUCUCAUAAUAAUCCACAUCAAUCAUCCACAUCAACACAACAACAACAACAACAUCGUUCUCGUAUAGAAAAUGAUUUUGAUUCACUUGAACCUGGUGCCAUUCUAGUGUAUAAUAAAACAAAAUUAAUUGUUAUUCCUGAAUCACAGAAUCAAACUAAUCAUGGGAAAAAUAGUUCAACGAAUAAUAAUAAUGAUGGUAAUGGUGGUAGACAAGUUUUAUUACCUGAUUAUAUUCUUGCUCAAUCAAUAUUGGACAAUAAUAAUAAUAAUAAACCAAGACAGCUAAUAACAAGAACUGAUAAAGAAUCCGCUUAUGUUUAUAAUUCGAAUAUUCUUCCAAAUAAACAUCAUCAUCAUCAUCAUUGGAUCAUGGAUCGCUUAAAGAACGGCCAUUUAAUUCCUAAAGUGAUUGAUGAUCAUCAUGUGGAUGAUAUCGAUAUUAUGGUUCAAAUACCAAAUCCUGAUAUUGUUCUAAAUGAUUUUCAACGUAUUAGUACUAAUCGAAAUGAUUCAGAUGUUCAAAAAAGAAGUAAAAUUCCUGAAUAUCGUCAAGUGACCACUCGAUUAAAUUCAACAACCAAUUCGUUGAUACAACCGGUUACAACAACAACGGCAACUCGUUUAUCACAUGCUAGACAUCUUGGUAGUCAUCAUCGUAGUGGCGGUGGUGGUGGUAAUAAAUCCACUUCAACAAUGAAUUCAACACGAAUAGCAAAAAAUCUUCAAAUGCCAUCAAGACCUGUACCGGUUUUUAAAACUCCUGAACCAUUUUCCAAUGCUAUUAAAUGUAGUGAACAUCUUUGUAAAUUGCCUGAUUGUUUUUGUGGUGGAACUGAAAUUCCAGGUGGUUUAUCGGUGAAAGAUGUACCACAACUUGUUCUCAUUAGUUUUGAUGAUGCUGUCAAUGAUAUUAAUUGGCAUAUCUAUGAAGAACUACUUAAUUCUGGUCGUAGUAAUCCAAAUGGUUGUCCAAUCAAAGCAACAUUCUAUGUAUCACAUGAAUGGACUGAUUAUUCACAAGUUCAAACAUUAUAUUCACGUGGACAUGAGAUUGCAUCACAUUCAAUUACUCAUAGUUUUGGUGAAAGCUAUACUAGACAACAAUGGCAUAAAGAAAUUAAUGGUCAACGUGAAAUACUUCAACUAUAUGGUGGUGUUAAUAAAGCCGAUAUUCGUGGAAUGCGAGCACCAUUCUUACAGGGCGGUGGUAAUAAACAAUUUGAAAUGUUACAUGAAGAAAAUUUUACAUAUGAUUCAUCGAUGCCUGUGUUUGAAAAUUCACCACCAUUUUGGCCAUAUACAUUAGAUUAUGCUAUUAAUCAUGAAUGUAUGAUUGCACCAUGUCCAACAAAAUCGUUUCCUGGUCUUUGGGAAAUCGGUUUGGUCAUGUGGCAAGAUUUACGUGGUGGCCGUUGUUCAAUGGGUGAUGCAUGUUCCAAUCCAUCCGAUGAGAAUGGUGUUUAUGAAUUGAUAAUGAAAAAUUUUAAACGUCAUUAUAAUUCAAAUCGUGCACCAUUUGGUCUUUAUUAUCAUUCUGCUUGGUUCAAUUCAGAACAUCAUCGUACUGGCUUUAUUCGUGUUAUCGAUGAUCUACUUACAUAUUAUAAAGAUGUUUAUUUCGUAACCAAAUGGGAAUUAAUUCAAUGGAUACGUAAUCCAACACCAUUGAAAGAAUUAUAUCGUGUUAAUCUAUUUGGUUGUGCACGUGAUCCACAUCGACCACCACCAUGUCUUCAUCCAAAUAUUUGUAAUGUUGGUUCAAAUUCUGGUGCAAGAUUUCUAAAGACAUGUCAACCAUGUCCUAAACGUUAUCCUUGGCUUGAUGAUAAUGGGCAAUAAUUAUUAUUUCUUACAACAAAAAUUUGAUUUCACGAGAAACAACAGAUCCUUAAAUAUGUGAUGAAUUUUUUUUUUAUUUUGCAACAAUUUAGUGACAAUUUUUUUCAAAUUG